AUGCGUGUACGCGUUGCAGUCAAUGUACCGACUAUGUCGUUCGGCCUGGCGCUCGGCUGGGUGUCGCUGGUGAGCAGCCAAGAGGGGGGCGAUGGGGGCGAUGGGGGCGAUGGGAGCGAUGGGGGCGCGGGGCUCGUGCUGGCCGCCGCCACCACGUUCGGUGCGUCGCUGCUCGGCGUGCCCCUAAGUGCGCUCGCGCUUCGCCUCGGCAGAAAGUUCGCAGUGAUUGCCACUUCUUUCGCUUUCAUUGUGUGCUGGUCGCUGAAACUGGUGGGGGGCAGGUGGUGCGUGGUGGUGGCGCGCGCGUCGGCCGGCCUGGGCGCGGCUGGGGCCUGGGCCCUGUCACCUCUCUUGGCCAGGGAGAUGUGCAACGCGAGGUGGCGCGGCGCCGCGGCGUCCGCUCUGGUGCCCGCUUACAACCUGGGCAUGCUCCUCAUGUACCUGGCAGCCGACUGGGGCCUCCCACAGGCGAGAGUGGUGAGUUGGUGCCUGGGGCUGUCGGUGGCGCAUUGCUUCCUGUUCAUGCUGAUGCCAGAGUCGCCCGCCUACCUCGCCGCCAGCGGCAAACCGGAAGCGGCAGAGCGCUCCCUGCGCUGGCUGCACGGUUCACCCAAAAGCUCGGCGCCGCUGCGUGAGGGGCUGGCCGCGCUGCCACCGCCAGACCUCGUUGCCGUCUCGCCCUUCGCGCUCGUCAAGCGGAUGCUGGGCGACAGGCGGCGGCUGCGCGCGUUGCUGGUGGGCGGGUUCGCGGUGGUGGGGCAGGAGGCGUGCGGCGUGCUGGCGCUGCUGCAGUACGCGGAGCGCGUGUUCGCCCUGGCGCUCGGCGGCGGCGGCUCGGCCGAGCGCCACGCCGUGCUGCUCGGCGCCGCACAGCUGGCCGCCUCGCUCGGCGCGCUCUACCUGGUCGAGAGGCUCGGCCGCAAGGUGCCCGCCCUCCCCUCCUCCGGGCCACUGUACACUUUUCAC